AGCUGGCAUCUUUUUAUGCUAUUCUCAAACGACCACAAAACCAGAAGGCAUAACAUAAUGAAUAAUGAUCCUCUGCAUUGUCAUUAUUGUUCCUAAUCAAUCAAUCAUUAGUCUCCUAAUUAAACAAAUUAUCGUUCAGAUCAUCCACCUUUUUCCCUUGCUAAUCUUCUCUUCCUGUUGUUAUAAGUACUCACAUUUCCCCCCACUCAUCAAACCACUUCAAUCAACGGAAACUACACACACUACAUUUUCGCUUAAUCAUGAGACUGAAACCCGCCACCGCCACCGUCAGUUUAGGCAGGAACCUGAAUCCCGACCUUGACAACCAAGAGCAAGACCUCUCCUUCGUCACGCUGCUGCCGGUCGACCCGAUCCCCGAACCCUUCACAAACCCGCCAACCAAGCGCCAUUCACGAGACAACUCGUUCGAGUUCGAGUUCGACGGUUCAACCGCCAAACCGGACCAAGAGAUCAUCUUCUGCGGCAGGAUCUUGACCCCCGGCAGGAUAUCAUCAUCAACAAUACCAUACACUUACGACAGCGACGGCGCCAACUACAAUCAUAACCGAAGCCGCAGGGUACAAUUCGCCGCACCGGAUCACGGCCUCUACGACAGCAGUCCGUCUGCUAAUACGUCGCCGUCUAGGUCGCUGCUGAUGGGCCAGGCCGCAGCGGGCCGGUCCAAGUCGUUCAGCUAUAGGCACCAGCAGCAGGCCGCGGCGUCGAAGCCCAAGUUGGGGCCCAGCAAGAGCUUUGCCUACUCGUCCUCCAGGAGCAGCGGGUACGCGAAAGUCACGCCGGCGACGGAGGGGAAGAAGGUGGUUGGCGGGGAGGGGGAGGCGGUCGCCGGCGGCGACGGACGUGCGCUUGGGCGGUCCAGGAGCUUUCGGAAGUCGGUGUCUUUCAGUAGGUGCUUCCCUAUCGUUUCAUCUCGUCACGACUUUUAUUAAUUGAGUUGCUGUGUUUCAUUAGGUUGUAAGUGAAAAAUGGCUGGGGGGACGGAAAUCCCUGUUAAAGCUUUGUUUGCCGUUGGGUUGUCCAUAAACGUGUUCAAUAAGAAUUUCCAAUAACUUCAUGAUAUCACUGAAAUGAAAUGGUACGGUUAUAUAUAUUCAUCUUGUAUUGUGGAGUUUUGAGCAGCUCGUUUCUUGUUUUGAGAGUGCCAUAAUUAUUUGACACUUUGACUCUCAAAAUUUGAAUUUGCUCCAACAAUGAAGUGGUAGUGCUGAA